AUGCAAAAGCUACCUGUGGCCGAGCAGACGGAAAUAGCCGUCAGCCCUCGAAACGAUCUAGUUCUGUCUUGCCACAUCCUUCCGCGCAUGCUGGACAGAACAGUUCAUUACUGCCGGUGGAUCCGCCCCGACGGAUAUGGAAUUUACAAUGACAUAGACUAUCGAUAUACGACCAACAACAGCUACUCCGAGUGCAGAUUAGUCAUCCCGGAUCGGUUUCGAUCUGGAAUGGAGGGCCCGCUUCGGCAAAGGCACGCCUUUAGGCUGGGUUUCAGACGUCUGUCUCAGAGAACUGCUUGUACAGCACUCCUGGUUCGCAAGACAGGCUUUUGUGUCCAUACAUGCUGCUUCCCUGGAGUCAUUAGUCGUGAUCUCUCUUUGAGAUAUAUCGAAAUCGCGACCGGAAAAUUUGCACUGUUUUAUCGAAGUUUCUCUCAUCCGUUUCUCGAAGUCCGGAGCGCAACUCAAAAGAAUCUCAAUAUUGAUCCCGAUUCCCCGCUUAUAUCUGACAGCCUCAACGAAUCAAAGUCCGUCCUGUAAUUGGAAACGGCAGCGACUCGUUCGGCUGGAAGAUUCACGACUGAAUUGCCGUAGGAACACAAUUUACGGUGGCGCGCCCGGAUGGUGGAAAGAAAAGGGCGGCUAUCUUGCCGCCGUGCCGCGCUGGUGUAACUUUGAUAUUCCGUCCUUGAGCGAGGGAAGAUAUGCUAACGAUCUGUAAAGAGCACGGCGUGGAAA